UAUGGGGGCCGACAACAAUGGAUCCCGAGCAUCAGAUGAACAUGACUCAAGUGGAAAAUCCUCAACUUAAAGUCAAGUCCUCCAAUUGCUGCUCAUCAACAGGAACAAUAAACGACGACGGCUUCCUGAAGCUGGAGGACAGCACCAAGCUGGUUGGAGUUCAGGUCAUUCUCAUCCUUGCUUACAGCAUGAUCAUCCUGUUCGGGGUCAUCGGGAAUUCCUUGGUGAUAUAUGUGGUGUUCAAGUUCAAAAACCUCCAAACUGUGACCAAUUUCUUCAUUGUGAACUUAGCCGUGGCUGACUUGCUGGUGAACAUGCUGUGCCUGCCCUUCACGCUGGUCUACACGCUGUACGGCGAGUGGAUGUUCGGGCAGGUGCUGUGCUACCUGCUGCCCUGCGCGCAGGGCAUGGCCGUGCACGUGUCCACCAUCACGCUCAACGUCAUCGCGCUGGACCGCCACCGCAGCAUCAUCUACCACAUGGAGACCAAGAUGUCCAAAGACAUGUGCGCGCUGGUGAUCGCCAUCACGUGGGCCGUCAGCUCCCUGCUGGCCCUCCCCCUGGCCAUCUUCAGGGAGUACGGGUCCUUCGACCUCUCCGAGGACGAGUCCAUCCAGGUCUGCGCCGAGAAGUGGCCGGAGAGUAGCAUGAACGGCAGCAUCUACAGCAUGUCCAUGCUGCUGCUGCAGUACGUCCUGCCCCUGACCAUCAACUCGGUGGCGUACAUCCGCAUCUGGAAGAAGCUGAAGACCCACAUGGCGCUCGGCCGAAACGACCGCCACCAGCGCCGGAAGAAGACCACCAAGAUGCUGCUGACCAUGGUGGUGGUGUUCGCCGUCAGCUGGCUGCCCUUCCACGCCUUCCAGCUGGCGGCGGACAUCGACGGCUCCCUGCCUUCCAUGAAGGACUUCAAGCUGCUGUUCACCGCGUUCCACAUCGUGGCCAUGUGCUCCACCUUCGUCAAUCCCAUUCUGUACGGGUGGAUGAACAAGAACUACAGGACGGCGUUCCUGUCGGUGUGCAAAUGUCACUGGCCUUUCAGCGGCGCGUCCAGGAGCUCGGAGGGGAGGGACACUCCAAAAGAGGAGGACAGGGUUUGUACGGAGUGCAAAUUAACAAAUGUGUAG